ACCCUGCAGAGCAAGUAGUACUGUGUCUAUACGGCUGUGUGCAGGGCUGUCUGCAUUAGUCCCUCUAUGCUGUCACUUGGAUCUCAAUCCCUAUUUGCAUUGGUUCCCAAGUGCCGUCUACCAGAGCCUUGACUGCUGCUACCAGGCUGCUAAUACAGAUAUGUCAUUGUAUCCACGUCUUGGGAGAGAGCAGCUUAUGCUAUCCUGACAGUGAGAUAUGGCCACCAAGCCAAUGGACCUACUGGCAGAACUUCAGCUCUUGGAGAAAGCAUCUACCCUAGAGAGACUACGUGCAGCCAAGAAACGACGGGAACAACAACUGAAGAGGUGGGCCCAGAAUGAGAGGGACGAAGAGAACCGGAGGCGGCGCCAGCAAAAAUCUAGAAGAAAGACCCCCACUAGGAGUAAAAGAGUGUCCUUUCCUUCCCGUGUCACCCUCCACGAGGCUUGUCUGAGGAAUGACCCAGAAGAAGUUCUUUCCUUGUUGCAAAAUAAUGUGGACCCCAACCUGAGCAACGAAGAUGGCUUGACAGCUCUACAUCAGUGCUGCAUUGAUAACUACGAAGAUCUUCUCAAGUUGCUCUUAUCACACGGUGCUAAUGUUAACGUCACGGACAAUGAGCUCUGGACGCCGCUCCACGCCGCCGCCACCUGCAGUCACACCAACCUGGUGCGGAUCCUGAUCCAGCACGGUGCAGAUCUGCUGGCGGUAAAUGCCGAUGGUAACAUGGUGUACGACCUGUGCGAGGAUCAAGCCACGCUGAACGUUAUAGAGAACUGCAUGACCUACAAAGGCAUCACACAAGAAAUGGUUAAUGAGGCUCGGCAGGCCCCGGAGCGUCACAUGCUAAAUGAUGUCAGAGCGCUGGUAGCAGUCGGACAGGACCUGAACAGAACUGACAGCCAAGGGGCCACACUGCUCCACGUUGCUGCCUCGAGGGGUUUUGCAGAAGUGGCAGAGACACUGCUUGAAAAUGGGGCUUGUGUGGACUUGAAGGAUCCAGACAUGUGGGAACCUCUUCAUGCUGCUGCUUUUUGGGGACAGAUCUACGUGGCUGAGAUUUUAGUGUCACAUGGGGCCAGUUUGAGCAGUAAAACUUCUUUGGAUGAAACUCCUCUUGAUCUCUGUGAGGAUGAGGAGCUCCGCUCUUUGCUCCUAGAGCUGAAGCACAAACAUGACCUCAUCAUGAAAUCUCAGCAGAAAAACAAGUCUUCUCUGAGCCGCAGAAGCUCGAGCACUGGGAGUCAUGGGAAGGUGGUACGACGCGCAAGCUUGUCGGAGAGAACGAACAUGUACAGGCGGGAGUAUGAGAAGGAGGCUGUGGUGUGGCAGUGCCUCGUCUCUGUGGGUGAUACAGAGGGCACUCAGGACGAAGAAGAAGGCAGUCCGGACAUGCAAAGGAGGGAUUCUAUGGAUCUUAACCUGUCAUCUCCCGAGACUUUUCCAGAGACUUUUCCAGAACCUUUUCCCGAAACCCCAUAUCGGAAUGGGUACUGCUCUCCACUACCUCCUUUCUAUUGUUCCCAAACUAUUACUGAUUCUCCAGUACCCACCCCAAUAACCAAUGGUAACACCAACCACGCAUUUUCCUCGUAUUCCCAAAGUCCUCUAUGGGGUGGAAUCCUGGACCAGGCACCUCUUACCCUUUCGGAGCUAAAAAGGCAGAGGAUGGCAGCCAAGCAAGGGCGGUACCUCACCAGAAGUACUAGUGAAUUGCUCGGAUCUGGUAGUAUAGAUUACUCUAGUGACCCUGGAACCCCACCAUGGUGCUCUAAUGGGACCCCAGUAUACUACACACCAACCAGCGGGGAUCCUCCUAUUCUACGGCUAAAGUCUCCCAAUGAAGAUGACGGACAGGAAGCGGGCAGGAUCUUGCGUUGUUGUCGGUUGUCGUAACUGCAGAGUGUAGCCUAUGGGUUAUAGGCAAAGCAUGGGUCUUGUGUAUACAUUCAGAUCUGUGUAGAUAUUUAUAUACAAAUAUAUGAACUGUACAUAUAUUGAGUUAUGUAUACGGGAUUAUGUAGAUCUGUAUAUAAUGGACAUUAUAAACGUGUACAUAGAUUGUAGUCAUUCCUACCUGAAAAGCUCUGCGCAAAAGGCGUAUGGGCAGCCAUUGACUAAAAUGGGCCAAAAGCCAUACUGUUUCCGAAAAAGCCUGGUCAAGACUACCACUUAGUUCUAGUGAUCAGUCGGACCCCCUCCUAUUGGUCAUUAAUGGCAUAUCCUAGAAAUACGCCAUUGAUGUCUGUAUUGAUCAUAUGUAAAUAUUGUGUACAGAUUGAGAAAUAUUUAUAGAGCUAAAUGCACAUUGGUCUAUAUAUUGAGUUGUAUAUAAAGGGAAAAAAGGACGUACGGUAUGUAUUCAAAAUAAUAUGAUAUAUGCAGAACAAGGAGCAUUAUGGGUGAUAAAGCUGUAGAGGUGCAAUCCAAGAUGGCGGUGCCAGUGGCUACUUGAUCCAGAUGAUGGUGAAGUUGAGUCCUCCUCUACAUGUAUCUCGCACAGAAGCGGAUGUGAUCAUGACAGCAGAUGUGACUCCCAGUUGUAGUUGUGCAGUGAGUUAGAGACUGUGAUGUGCGUGGACUCCAGCGUGUCUCAGGAAUGACAGUGUAUUGGAGGAUAAACUCACGUUCUCUCUUACUGUUCUCUCGGUUUGUACUCUCAAAAUAUAAAAGUUUUCAGCCUGAAUUUAAUAUAUCCUGCAUCAUUUCCUUUUGUAAUAAAGUUGGUUUUAACAAAGA